AUGACAUUAACAUUUCUCUUGGCCUUGCUAGCAAUAUUGUGUAGUACAAGUGUUCUAGGCGCCGAAGAUGAUCUAUACAUCAAUAUCACUAUACUCCAAAGCGCAACUGCCCAAGGCGCAGUAUGCCUAGAUGGAAGUCCACCAGCAUAUCAUCUGGAUAGAGGACAUGGUAGUGGAGUUAGCAGCUGGAUUAUCUACUUGGAUGGAGGUGGCUGGUGCGACAGUAUCCCAGAUUGCCUUGAUCGUUCAACUAAGGCCUUAGGUUCUACCAAGCAGAUGAAACAACAAGGUUUUUUCGCUGCAUUACUUCAUAAUAGUUCCAAACAAAAUCCACAGUUUUACAAUUGGAAUAGAGUGAGGGUGAAGUAUUGUGACGGUUCAUCUUUCACUGGUGAUGUUGAACAAGUUGACCCCGAGAACAAGCUGUUUUUUAGAGGGGCAAGAAUAUUUAAGGCUAUUAUGAAAGAUCUAUGGAGCAAAGGAAUGAAUAAUGCUGAAAAUGCAAUUCUAUGUGGAACUUCAGCAGGAGGGUUGGCAACAAUUUUGAACUGUGACAAUUUCAAAUCCCUCCUGCCAGAGAAUGUCAAAGUAAAGUGUGUUGCAGAUGCGGGCUUCUUCAUCAAUGGGAAGACAAUCUCUGGUACUUCAGAUAUUCAAGAGAUGUAUCGAAAAAUUGUUAACCUACAUGGAUCAGCUAAGAAUUUGCCGUCAGCUUGUACUUCUGUGAUGGAACCAAGUCUAUGUUUUUUUCCUGAGAAUGUUGUUCCAUACAUUCAGACUCCACUCUUCAUAAUCAAUUCAAUCUAUGAUACAUGGCAGAUUAAAAACAUUUUGAUUCCUGAAAAACUCGAUCCUCAACAUACCUGGAAGGAUUGCAAGAGUAACAUAAGUGGCUGCACAUUUAGCCAGCGUAUAAUUAUUCAAGCAUUUGGUGUGGAGUUUUUGAAGAAAUUCGAGGGACUACCCCCUUGUUUUACGAGAGGUUACUUCCUCACAUCUUGCUAUUCUCAUGGUGGAAUUCUUUCACUAACAUAUUGGUUUAGUGCUAGCUCUCCAAGGUUACUUAAUAAGACAAUCAAUGAAGCUGUUGCGGAUUGGCUUGCAGAUGUUGUACCUGCUGCUUAUUUCGGG